ACAAACAGCGAGGUGAAGUUUCUUCUCCUGACGCAGCCAUGAUCAGCCGCAACUUCAAGAAUGUGUUGGUGGUGUCUGUGGGGUUUCUGUUCCUGUUCACUGCGUACCUGGGCCUGCAGAGUUUACAGAGCAGUCUGAAUGYGGAGGCGGGGAUKGGCGUGGCCUCUCUGAGCGUCAUCUACGCCUCCAUCAUCGUCUCCUCCAUGUUCCUGCCGCCGAUCAUGAUCAAAAAUCUGGGCUGUAAAUGGACCAUCGUCGUCGGGAUGGUCUGCUACGUCUCCUACUCCCUGGSAAACCUCUACCCAGGAUGGUACACCCUCAUGCCCACCUCUGUGAUCCUGGGUUUGGGAGGCUCUCCCCUGUGGUCGGCCAAAUGCACCUACCUGACCAUCUCUGGGAACGCUCAGGCCGCCAAGGAAGGCAGGAAGGGCCCCGAUAUGAUCAACCGAUACUUCGGCAUCUUCUUCUUCAUCUUCCAGUCAUCGGCCGUGUGGGGAAACCUCAUGUCGUCGCUCAUCUUCGGACAAGACCUGAACAUAACGAACAUCCCAGAGGAGCAGCUGAUUUACUGCGGAGCGGCCAGCUGUGACUUCAACUCCAGCUCCGGCUCCGUCCCCACCAGGCCGGCUCAGAAACUGGUGUGGACGCUCCUCGGAUGCUACAUCGGUGUGGGAGUUGUGGCCAUACUCAUCGUCUCAGUGUUCCUGGACAACAUCGACCAGGAGCAGGCCAGCGAGUUCCGCGGCAGCCGGGAACCUUUUAGUCGAACCUUUCUGGCCACGUUCAGGCUUCUGAAAGACUGGAGGCUGCUGAUGCUCAUCCCUCUCACCAUUUACAACGGCUUCGAGCAGAGCUUCAUCGCUGGGGAGUACACCAGGAACUACGUAACGUGCGCUCUGGGGAUCCACUUCGUAGGCUACGUGAUGAUGUGCUUCGGAGCCUCGAACUCUCUAUGCUCGUUCCUCUUCGGGAGACUGGCUCAGUACGUGGGCAGAGCCACUCUCUUCCUCCUCGCUGCACUGCUCAACUUCUCCUGCAUCAUCGCUCUGCUGCUGUGGAGGCCUGAACCUGAUCAGACGGUUGUGUUCUUUGUGUUUUCCGCUCUGUGGGGAGCGGCCGACGCUAUCUGGCAACCUCAGACUAACGCACUUUACGGCGUCCUCUUCCCUCGGGACAAAGAGGCAGCGUUUGCCAACUACCGCAUGUGGGAGUCUCUGGGUUUCGUCCUCGCCUUCGCCUACAGCAGCUUCCUGUGUCUAAGCUACAAACUGUACAUCCUGCUGGCUGUCCUGCUGCUGACCGCCGUCACCUACCCCAUCGUGGAGUACCGCGAAUACAAGAAUCCCACGCCGGGCGACAAAGAGGCCUACAAGAGUCACAAAGACACCGUCCACACAAACGACAAAAUCAUCUCUCACACACAAAUGUAGAGACUGAAUUGAAUUGAGUUUUUGUUUUGUCUUAUACUGCAGUAUUCAAAUCCAUCUGUGUUUUUCUUUACUGCGGAAUCAGUCAACACUGAAAACCUGUACGUUCGGGGAAGUCUUGGGAUUCUCACAUGUUUUCAUUUCUCAGAUAGGACCUAUAGUUUUCGAGUUACAAGCAUUUGUUUGAAGAGUGGCGCUAGAGCAGCACACUCUAACUUUUUCAUGGACUUCAAUGGAGAUGUCCAAAAAUGAUUCCUGAUGAGAAAACUAAUAAUUUCUUAACUAUUAUUAAAUAUAAACAUAUGUGGACGUCGGCCAAAGUCUUGUGAUUCUCACAAUGUGUUUAUUUCUCAGAUACGACUUAUAGAUUUUGAGUUAGAAGCUUUUGUUUGAGGGGUGGUCUGAAACCAGUUUGAGUCUCCAAAGUGAGC